AUGUCUGCUACACCUUUCAUGGAAUUUUUGAGUUCAGGAAUAUGGACAGCAUUAGCAGACAAAUACAAUUAUCAUAAAAAAAUUCUUUUAAUAUGUUCCUGUUCUGCAGCCAGCUUUAUAAUGUCCAUGCCUUUGAUUGGACAAAAUUUUGGUUUUAGAGGAUUAUUUGUUUUAUUUUUGAUCUAUGCUUCAUUUAGUGGUGGAAUAGCUCCAUUAAUUGAUAAUCUUUCAAUUGGAAUUUUGAAAAACCAAGGAAAACAAUCAGAAUAUGGUCGUCAGCGUUUAUGGGGUACCAUUGCUUGUGGUGUAAUUUCAUCAAUGUUUGGCAUUUUAAUUGACCUGACUACCAUUUAUAUAAUCUUUUUUGGUUAUUUAUUCUUUAUAAGUUUCCUUAUCUUGAUCAUAAUUAAAACCAAUGAUUCUCUAUUUAAUUUUAAUCAACAAUAUGAUCAUCAAUCAAUACCUCUUGAUGAUUUGGAUGACAAUUAUCAUUAUUCAAAAAAAAAUUUUGGUGCUAAUGGAGCUAUUUUAGGAUUAAGUCAAGUUACAAGUGUAUCAUUAGAAAUUGUGGUAUUUUAUUAUGCAAAACAAUUAUUAGAUUCUGUUGGUCCUAAAUAUAUGAUGAUUACAGGACAACUUGCUUCAAUUAUUAGAUUACAAGGAGCAUUGUAUUCAUUAGUUUGGACAUCUGGUGUAGAAAUUACCAUUAAUCUUGCACCAAAAGAGCUUCAAGCAACUUAUUUAGGAUUAUGUUCUGGUAUAUUUUAUUGUUUAGCUUCUGGUAUUGGAUCAAUUCUUGGUGGUCUUAUUUAUAGUGGAUCAAGCCCUGAGAGAAUGUUUCAAUGCAUGACAUUGUUGUCUAUAAUUGCUUUGGUGCUAUAUAUUAGUGGUGAAAAGAUCUUGUCUUCUGGUAAUAAAAAAUUGGAUCACCAUGAUGAUCAUGUACUACUACUAAACCAGUCACGAAAAAGUGAAGAGUUUCUUGAUGAUGAUGAUAUUGUUUGA